AUGAUCACACUCCUGCCAGUCGCCCUCGGCGCGCUGGGCCUCGUCGCCGCAGCACCCGAUGUAUUCACCCCGGUCGACAUGCUCACAGCACCCCGCCCUCACCCCGCCGUCGCCGCGCCGGGCGGACUGCUCGCCAUCUCGUUUGUCGACCAGUGGGACCAAAAGACCGACCUGACUACUCGCUCGGUCUACCUCCUCGAGCCCGAGACCACCAACCCCCCGCGCAAGCUGUUCGAGGCGUCUCCGGGCUCCGUGUCCGAGGCGGUGUGGCUCUCAAACCAGACCGUGGCGUAUGUCAACGGCACUGCGCUGUGGCAUUUCGGCCUGGGCGAAACCGACUCUGGCAAGCAGCUCAAGAUGUUUGACUUCCCCGAGGGCUCCGAACCCAGCUCCCUCAAGUAUGAGCCUACGACCCAGACUCUGGCCUUCUGCGCGGCUGUUUGGCAAGAUGGUGACAUUGAGAACACUGGAAAGCACGACGCCGCUUGGGCCGACCGUGGAUACUCUGGUAUUGUCUUUGACGACCUGUUUGUGCGUCACUGGGACACUUGGCGUACUCCUGGACGCGUCUACACUGUUGCGUCGACACUGCUGAACCGCCGUCGGUCGGUUGACGGCAGAAGCGAGGAGUUUACCGCCUCGCGCGAGUACACCAAUUUGCUCAACGGUACGGGAAUCUACUCCCAGAUGGACCCCAUUGGCAGUGACCUGUUCUCCAUUUCCGAGACCAAGCUCGCCAUCGCGCUCAAGCCCACCCACCUCAACACAGCCAUCCACACCCGCAUGGACGUGUACCUCCUCCCACUGGCCGGCCCGCGCUCCAACGUCCUCACCCUCACGCAGGCUGCGCACGGCGCCAUCUCCGCUCUCAGCUUCUCGCCGGAUGGCAAGAAGCUUGUGUGGCUCGAGAUGGCCAAGGACGGGUAUGAGAGCGACAAGCGUGUUGUCACUGUACACACUUUGAACGCAGACAAGAUUGGCUCCUCGGAGCGCUGGACCGCCGAGUGGGACCGUUCCCCGUCGGACGUGGUGUGGGACCUCCGUUCGCAGGGCCUCUACCUCAUUGCCGAGUACAACGGCAAGGUCCUCCCUUACCACCUCGAGACACCCGGCCGCCUCCCGACUCCUCUCCUCUUCAAGGGCUCCACUUCUAGCAUCACCCAGCUGUCGUCGCACGACCACUUCCUUCUCUCCGUCUCGACCCUCACUUCCCCAACUGAGAUUUUCUUCCUCGAUCUCGAAGAUGGCCCCAGCGACCCGGACAAGAUGCCCCAUGAGGAGCUUCGCCAGAUCACUCAUUACGCCGAGUCCCACAUUGGCGGUCGUCUCGACGACAUGGCUGGUGAGGAGCUCUGGUUCAAGGGCGUCGACGGAAGGCGUGUCAUGGCUUGGGUGCUCAAGCCUCGUGGCUGGAGCAAGGACGAUGCUCCUGCGUCCUACCCGCUUGCCUUUUUCAUUCACGGUGGCCCACAGGGUGCGUGGGAGGACUCGUGGUCCACUCGCUGGAACACUGCACUCUUUGCCUCCAUGGGCUACUUUGUGGUCGCUGUCAACCCCACGGGCUCGACUGGCUACGGCCAAGACUUCACCGACCGCAUCCAGUCUCACUGGGGCGACAGGCCGUUCCAGGACCUUGUGGCUGGCUACCACGCCGCGCUGGACAAGUACCCCGAGAUCGACCCCGAGCGCACUGCUGGCCUCGGCGCCUCGUACGGUGGUUACAUGGUCAACUGGAUCAACGGCCACAACAUCUUUGGCUUCAAGGCCCUCGUCUACCACGACGGCAUCUUUUCCACUUUGGACACAUUCUACUCGACCGAGGAAGUCUGGUUCCCUACUCAGGACUUUGGCGGCACCCUCCUCUCCAACCGCGAGGUUUACGAACGCUGGAACCCCAUGAACCACGUUUCCGAGUGGGCGACCCCCCAGCUCGUCAUCCAGGGCGGCAAAGACUUCCGUCUCGCCGAGUCCCAGGCUAUUAGCACGUUUACCGCGCUCCAGCUCCAGGGUGUCCCCUCGCGUUUCCUCUACUUCCCGGACGAGAACCACUGGGUGCUCAAGGCCCACAACAGCGUCAAGUGGCACACCGAGGUGCUCCGCUGGCUCGACGAGUGGGUCGGUCACGGCAAGGACGUCGCGCCAAGCCGCAAGGUCGAGACAAAGUCCAAGGAGGUGGUCGAGGACGUGAUGGAGGAUGUGGCCGACUUGGUCGCCGAAGCUGCCGCUUGGGCCAUUGUCGCCGAAGAGGCUGUUGAGCUUCUCUUCUGA